AAGCAGCUACUACACAAGCAGCAACACAAGCAGCUACUACACAAGCAGCAACAGAAGCAGCUACUACACAAGCAGCAACACAAGCAGCUACUACACAAGCAGCAACAGAAGCAGCUACUACACAAGCCACCACAACAGUCCAGACAGCAUCAACAACCAGCAACCAGCCAGAUGUAGUAACAACAACUACAAUAGCAGCUCCAACCACAACUCCACCUCCAGAGCCGGAAGUUGUGCCUGACUACAACGCCUCCUUGACCGUGGCCAACCAGCAGUGGAACAACGCACUCAACGACACCACCAGCGAGGAGUUCAAGAACAUGUCUGCUAAAGUUGUUGCCCAGGUUGAUGAAGUCAUGAAGAACAGUAACAUGAGUGAAUUGUACAACCGCACCGAGGUUUCAUCCAUGAGCCAAGGAAGUGUCAUCGUUAUCUUCAUCAUCAUCUUCAACCCUGUGCCCCAAGCUGAGGUAAAACCAGAUGUCUUGGUCAUCAUUAAACAGCCAACAAAAAUGAAAGAGGUUUUCAAAGAGGGGAUACAACGGAUGAAGGAAGAGCUUAAGAAUAACCCUGACAAAAAACCCGUAUCUGAUAUAGAAUUGGAUGAAGAAAGCUUAGAUUUUGAACCAGUUUACAAGCCUUCACCAUGUGAAUCGGCCGUUAUGGACGUAGCUUCCCACUGUAAGGCUGCAUAUGAAAAGUUUGUGGACAUGGCAACUAAAGAGGGAGACUAUUGCAACCCCUAUGAGUUCUAUGUGAGCUGUCUGAAGUUCAUGGUGAACUUCUUCAGAAAGGACUGCCAUGUGUACCAUGUGUCCAGUGCUGCCAACUACUAUGUCUCCCAGAAGGAUCCCAGCAUGGCACCACUUACAUCCAAGUGUGCAGAUGGCAAUGGUCAGGUGAAGAAUAUCAACUUUGCACCUACCAGAGCAGAUAAAAUGUGCUUGGAUGGCAAUGCUGUCAACUACAUGGCUCACUUCCACUGUCCAGAUUAUCUGGACCAAAUACGUUCAAAUGAGACCAAAGGAGACUGCAACAUACUGGACGGCCUCAGUUCUUGUGUGUAUGAAGCUAUGAAAGGGCUCGCCGUGUCUAACGGCAAGACAUUUGAGUGUUCCAUGAAGGAUGUGAAGAACAAAGUAGUACAUUACAAAGGCAACAUUCUCAAGCAGACAAAACUCCCAGAAAUAUGCUUCAAAACAGGUGAAGGGAAACAAGCUUGUCCUCCAUUCAUGGAGUUAGUUGGCUUUGUUGCGGAGAGUUGUCCAGAAGCAAUCGAAAAAAUCUCAACAGAAACUGAUGUUGAGUCAAGAUGCAAGCAUUAUGAGUACCUGUUGGGCUGUGGGGUCAUGGUUCUCAACAGAAUGAACUACAACUGUAAAAAGUCCCAGCUGAACACCAUGGCUGUGGAAAACAAGGCGUUCUUCCAGGUCCAAAUGAAUGGAUUUGAUGUGAUGCAGUGCACAGAAGGUGGAGAAGUUGAACUAUCCACAGUGGCCCCUUUCACAUAUUACCCAUCAUGCCUCAAUGUUAACGAGUAUGACUAUAUCUGGAGGUACAGGUGCAAGGUCAAGGUCGAAAAGGUUGAAACAGUGAACGGAACUGCUUGCAGCAAACUGACAGCCACUAUGGGAUGCUUUAUGGAGAGUAUGGGAUGUUCCUACCAGAACGUCUCGAUGAUCCUCCAGAAGUACGGCCGCCUCUUUAUAGCAGAACUGAACUUCACUCUGUGCCAUGAGUUCAUGAAGCAGAUUGAUGGUCGAGCGUGCCUGAGCUCCACACAGCCCCAGCUGGAGGGACUCACCAGGUGUAUGGUUGUUCUGUCUGGUCUGUCCGAUGACAUGUCCCACGACCUCUCCUGCAGGACGUACUAUGAGGCUGUGCGCUGUAUGGAGAAUCUUCAUGCUGAUCCAACUUGCAACAUGGAGGCUUUUGACAAAGUUCUUCCUGACUAUGCCACAACUGCUUUGAUACGAACACCAGAUCUUUUAGCAACAUUAAAAACGACAUCUUUACCAGCAGCACCAAAAUGCUCAGAUUACAUCAAGAAUGCUGUUGACAUCAAGGUUCCCUGUCUGGACAAGGAGUUUCUGGGGAAGGUCAUUCUGGGAAGAGUCUGCAGAAAGUUUUUGGAUAAUGUUCUGGAUAAAACACUUCCUAAGUUCAGUCGAUGCCAAGCAAUAGUACAAUGCGUUCAGACGGCCAUGUAUGAAAGUGUCCGAGCCAGCUGCACUGUUGAGCAGGUCAGAGAGGCCAUUAAUUCAACUUUGGAUGACCUUCAGACAGUCUUUCCUCUUGCAGCAAACAGCUGUUCAGGUGAAUACGCUGGACAAUGUGAAGGGAUUGUAGUAAAGAAUGAGAGUAAGCCAGCCUCCUCAAAAUGUUUUGCCUACAUGUUCACCAUGAACACCACCCUCUUAACUGUGGAGGAAAACUGCAACCUCUUCAUCAGUGCACUAGCAUGCUUGAGGAGAGAGUUCAUGGAAGUCAACAUUACUUGUACAAUAAAGCAACUUGGCAGCCAGAUCUUUGAACUUGUGCCGUACAUGGCUUCACUGAGACUACCCUUCCUGGUGUAUGAUGUCAUGCAGUGUAGAGCGCAAGUUGCUGAAGCAAUUGAUGUAGCUACCUCAGAUCACUGUUCUAAUUUUGCCACCAUCCCUCUCUACACUUCUACCAGUGUGUGUGCCCAGCAUGCAUUAGGAAGUUGCACUGCCCUGCCAGGACUAGUUCAAUGUGUGGGGCUCGUCCUGCAGUGUAAUGAUACCACCGCCAUCUCCAAAACCCUUGUCUCUAAUAGCGACAUCCUCAUUCGUCGGCUUGGCAUUGACUACAGCAAAUGUUCCCCAGGGGGAGGAGUGGACUCGUGUUCAAGUGCACUGAUGAAGCCCGAGGGUACAGCAGCGGGGUCCAAGUGUUUCGCCUACAUGUUUGUCCAGAACACCACCUUGCUGACUCUGGAGGAGAACUGCAAGUUCUUCCUCAGUGGCCUUGCAUGCGUGCAAGGAGAGCUCAUGAAAGUCGGUGUUUCCUGUUCAAUACGAGGACUGGCCCAGGACUACUUCAACUAUGUGCGCCUCCUUGCCUCCCAGAACACAACCAUAUUUCCCUUUGAUUUUACACAGUGUGCAGCUAUAGUGGCCAAAGAUGGUGAUGGGAAAAUUGAAGAUCUAUGCUCCAAUGAAGACAUCAUCCCACUCUUUGUCUCCACCAGUUACUGUGCCAUGCUUGCCUAUUCCAAUGAUUGCGGAGUCUUCAGAGGGGUGGUCAACUGUGUUCAGACCAGCCUGAACUGUAGUGAUAACAGCAUCAUCACCAACGCCCUCAUCACCAACAGCGAUGUCCUUGUCAGACGUAUUGGAAGGAACUACAGUGGAUGUCCCAAAGAAGUGGAAGGAGUGGACUCGUGUUCAAGUGCACUGAUGAGGCCCGAGGGUUCAGCAGCGGGGUCCAAGUGUUUCGCCUACAUGUUUGUCCAGAACACCACCUUGCUGACUCUGGAGGAGAACUGCAAGUUCUUCCUCAGUGGCCUUGCAUGCGUGCAAGGAGAGCUCAUGAAAGUCAGUGUUUCCUGUUCAAUACGAGGACUGGCCCAGGACUACUUCAACUAUGUGCGCCUCCUGGCCUCCCAGAACACAACCAUAUUUCCCUUUGAUUUUAGGCAGUGUGCAGCUAUAGUGGCAAAAGAUGGUGAUGGGAAAAUUGAAGAUCUGUGCUCCAAUGAAGACAUCAUCCCACUCUUUGUCUCCACCAGUUACUGUGCCAUGCUUGCCUAUUCCAAUGAUUGCGGUGUCUUCAGAGGGGUCGUCAACUGUGUUCAGAGCAGCCUCAACUGUAGUGAUGACAGCACCAUCACCAACGCCCUCAUCACCAACAGCGAUGUCCUUGUCAGACGUAUUGGAAGGAACUACAGUGGAUGUCCCAAAGAAGUGGAAAACAACAAUCCGUGCCCAUUGCAAGGAGAUGAGAACUUCAGCCUUGCAAUGGACGUUGUUGCAGAAUGCGGGGCUAUUCUUGGAAAAUUCAAUGCUUCUAUCAUCCCAGAGGAGCAUGCAUGCAGGAUUUACUGGGGCGUGGUCAACUGUACUAUGGAGGAGAUGUCAAAGAAAGGAUAUACCAAGUGUGCCGGGCAGAUCGUCACCUACCUGGAGGACUACCUCGACACCAAGAAUAAGGAAUUAAAGGAUGUGGUGCCCUACAACUUCAACAACUGUCAAUCCAACAGGCCAACUGGCGAUGUGUGUUCCAAUGACGGCACUCUGUCUCACUUCGCUGGCUCCUCCCUAGAGUGUGCCCCCAACACCGUGGCACUCAUUAGACAGAACAACUACACUUGUGGAUCAUUGACAUGGUUGGUGGAGUGUGUAAAAGAAGUCCUGCACAAAUCUGAGAUGAAAUGUCCCACAUGGAAGCUCCACAACAACUUCUACUAUAACUCCUACAUCCUACAGAGAUACAACUCCACGCUCAACUUUAACAUGUGUGACAGCUACAGUGUGCCAACCACCUCCCCUGACUACUACAGCCCCUGCAGGGACUACAACUCCAUCAGAUACAGCGCAGAGGCGUACUGCAUGCCUCUUUUGCGGAAACUGAAUGACACCAAGGGAAGCAACUCUUGCAGUGCAUACGGUAACCUGAUGCAGUGCCUAAUAUACGCCUUGCACAGAUACAACUGCACUGCCAAGAAGAUACACAACAUUGCUAUCCAAAAUUCCAAGAUUAUUAGGGAUGAACUGUCAGAAUUCAAUCCAAACAGUUGUGGUGCUCCUACAUUUACCACCAAGUCCCCAUGUUUGGAGGACAACUAUUAUGGGUUUGUCAUGAGUGUAAUGUGUGAAGCUGACAAGCUGAAGCCCACAGAGGACAAUUGCAGCAUUCCCUACCAGUUGACCAUGUGUGCAAUGAACGUCUCUUCCAUUCUAUUCACACAAUGUACAAUGAGUAACUUCUCUGCCUACCUCCAGAGAAACAAGGACGGCUUCCCACCUGCGUUUAGACCCUGCAUUGAUAACAUACAGUCCCUGAUUGUCGACCGCUGUCUGCUGAUGACCAAUCCUGGGGCCAAUUGUCUCGCAUUUUCAACGUAUGGGAUUGUAGGCACAAGUACUUGCGACGAAACUAACAUGCUGCUCUAUGCAACCAGUUUGAAGUGUAUGAAGAGGCAGGUUCAGACCAACUGUACAAUCAUGGACAUCAAUAAAUCUUUAAAGAACUACUUUGAUGUGAUCUCCGUGGGGGCUGGCAGCUUCCUGUCGGCACAAGCAAUACCUGUGAUAACCUGUGCUGAAUCAAUUAAGACAACAGAUAUAAGCACAUUACCGGACUUCUGUAACAACGUCGAAGCCAUCAUGAGGAUCCUUAUGACUUUCGGCGGCAGCAAUGUUUCGGGAAUAUUCAGUGCAAAUAAUGGAGUCAUCCCAUCCUGCUUUGUCCUGCUGCCGGCCAUACAGUCAACAUUGCAGACAAUGGUUUCUUUUGUGGGCUUGCCGUGUGAUACGGACAGGAUGGUACAACUGGUGGUCAAUAACAGUGAUAUCAUCAGGGAGAAAUACCCACAUGUAGACUUGUCAAACUGUGGAAAAUACUGCCCUUCACUCCUUGGCAGAGGAACAGACCCUGAUGCCCCAUACCCUGCAUACACAUCCUCCAGCUCCUACAACGGCACCAACUACACAUCCUCCAGCACCAUGACCACCAACCAGACAUACUAUCCAUUUCAAGGCCAGACACCGUACAUGCCCAGUGUCCUCAGAUGUACCACUUUCCUCUACACCAUCUUCCAGGCCUCGGCUCCCCAAGAGACGCUAUGCAGGCUGUACACGGAAGUCCUACGAUGUAUGGCAGUGAAAGGGAGCAUAUAUGGAGACAAGUGCAUGAUUGAAGAUUUCCAUGAUGCCCUUGAGAGCUACCUAGAGUUGGCAAAUGCCACUUCCAUGUUUCAAGUAGAUCAGUGCUCAGGCAGCAUAAAGAAGUACUCAUCACAAGCACCAUUGUGUGAGAACCCUGAGCUACUGGCCACCAUAGCCAAUGUGUCCUGUAUGCAUUACUACAGAUACACUGGAGGAGGGUGCAGUAUUUUGGACAAUGUGGCAGAAUGUGUAUUGGGUCUUCUGAACUCCUCCAGCAUCCACUGUUGCCGUGAUGUCAUCAAGAAUGCUCUCAUCUCAAGAGCUGACAUCACUGCCCAAGUCUCCACGGAUUUCUCCAGCUGUCGGGCCACUCCUCAAGAGAUGCCCUCCACACCAGGAUGGACCAUGAACACAGGCCCACUGUAUCCGAACACUAGUCCGCCAUUACCCAGUUCACAGUACUCACAAGGCAUCUCCACAAGAGGGGUUACAGAUUAUCCGUUGAAACCCACGGCCUCGUACCCACAGCCCAUGCAGCCCUGCCUCAUGUCCACCCUGUACACAUGGGGCCCCUACUGCCGUCACAGCGGCUUUCUGCUCGCCCGCCACCAGGCGGACAACAUGACAUGCAGCAUCUACACUGAUUUGGUCAACUGCAUCACUCUUGUGGCCAACUACAACAACUUCAACUGUAGUGUUGAUGACAUCAUCAUGAUGUAUCAGCAGAAUUCCAGCAUGUUUGACCUCACCGAGCUGGACCACAAGGCCUGUACAGUGGCACCCCUGGAGCUGCGCCACCCAGAGAUGCAGUCAGUGUGUGCUGAUGAAGUGGUUAGAGACUAUGUCCUCAAGUAUGGCUGCAGGAACUUCAGCAAGGAAAACAUCCAAUAUGUCACACCAACCAACUUCUGCAGGAAAGUGGCGUCCACCACAGAAUGCAUCCAGACCAUGAUGGCCUCGUUUGGGGCAACCUGUUCCAGAGAGGAGUCUGGACGUUUUCUCAAAGGGAUCCCUCGUCUGGAGUACCUCGGAUGCCUGGACGAGUGCCACAAAAAGUUUGAGCCUGACUACAGGAGCUCCUGCUCCAUCUACUCGCCCCUCACCCAGGAGCUGUCCUUGUGCUCGGACAAGGUCAGCAUGAUCCGUGGAGCCGGACUACAGGACCAGUGCAGCACCUACUGGCCGAUGCUGGUGAGCUGUAUACAGAAGAGGCUGUACGAGGGUGGGGCUGUGUGCGAUGGCAACAACAUUGUAGGAAGACUCCGCAACAGCUCUCAACUCUUGAAGGAAAAGGGACUUGAGAGUCUGUACAAUUGUAAUGCGUUGAGUUUCUCGACAGUGUGUGAAGAAAAGAAUAUAACCACCAUGGCAGUUGAUGAUUGCAACGUUGACCUGAAGAAGUGUGGACAAGAAGAGUCGGUGACCCGGUGUGUACAGUCUCAGCUGCAGAACAAGACCUACUCUGUCUACUGUUCUCUGCCACAGCUUCGCGGCAAUGUGCUGUUGGUGCUGGGCGAGCGGGGACACAGACCGUGCUCAGAGGGCGACCUGAGGCUGAAUGGCAGUCGAAUCGAAGUAAGGAAGGAUGGUAGAUGGGAAGGCUUCUGCUAUGGAGAGGAUUGGACUGACCAUGCUGCAGGUCUUGCCUGUAACCAACUGGGCUACAAGUAUGGUAUCGCUGGAAAAAGCUACAGGAGUAGCAGUGUACCAAUCAGUACAUAUGUCAACUGUUCGGGGGAUGAAGAACAGUUUGGCAAGUGUGAUGUUCACAAGAUCAAGGAGUACUGUCAAGAGGAAGCCCACGUCACCUGCCUAGAUGACAGAACCCACUUAGAGCUAACAGGCAACAGGUCAGGCUGGGUUGUCGCUGUGCGGGGCAGAAAAGUUGGCUUGAUCUGUGACCAGGGUGGCUGGUAUGAAUCCAAAGCCUCCGUAGUAUGCAGGAGCCUGGGCUUCGCCAGCGGGGAGACUUUCAAGGAUCGGGCAACCUGGCCUCUCCCACAUGUAUCUGCCUUUCACACAUCCUUUAACUGCAAGGGAGAGGAAAAAACACUGGACUCCUGCCAACAGGAGGGAACCUGGGAAGGGGACUUGUUGGACAUCUCCGAGCUCAACCAGAACUCUUAUGGUCAAUGCUCUAUGAACUUUAUGGCCACGGUGUAUUGUCAUGAUGAGGUGAGACUUCACACGAGAUAUAGCAAUUCUACUGGAAUUGUGAUCUUCAAAAAUGCAACAUUAUCCGCCCCUGUCUCCGGUGAAGGGUUUGACGACAAAGCUGCCAGUGUUGUAUGCAGACAGCUCGGGUUCCAGAAAGGUGGCAUCUCCCUAAGCUUCAACCCUUUCAACUACUACUUCUACAAGGUUUACAGUUUCUCCAACAUGACCUGCAAUGGUGAUGAGGCCAAUCUGAUGGACUGCGAGCACAAUGGGACAUACUUGAGAUACUCAUCAAAGCCUGCUGUAGUCAAAUGUACAACGGGCAAGGAGGAAGUGCCUGACAUGGAGGUCAAGGUCAAUGCUGAUGGUCGUGUCAUGAUUUCUCGUUACGGGAUAUUUGGAACAAUCUGCAACAAGGGUUGGACCAACAGGGAAGCUGAAACAAUCUGCUCGAGCAUGGGCAGUGAUGCAGCCUAUGCAAGGAACCUGUAUGAUCAAGGGUCCAAUGUUCCCAAAUGGCUGUACAAUGUGAAGUGUGCUGAUGGAGAUAAGUCCCUCCUUGACUGUGACUUCUCCAUGACACCAGGUGUCGACAGCUGCUCACAAGAUGCUGGUGUCUUCUGCUUUAACAAGUCUGAUGUUCCAAGCUACUCGCUGACCAAUGGCCACUAUGGCCAUGUGAUGGCCACUCUGAAGAAAGAGAAGGGAGUGGUCUGCCACAGCUACUACUGGAGCAACUCCAACGCCCGUGUCGUGUGUCGCAGCCUCGGCUUCAACUCGGGAGAAAUCUACACUGGCCCCCAUGCUGCUCCCGAGACCUCCUCUGCUUGGUUUUCCGACUCCAUGUACUGUAGCGGAGACGAGGCUUCACUGGACAUCUGUAAUGAUGGGAACUGGACAAAGCUGGAUAUCAGUGGAAAACAAAACUCGUCGAACGUGUAUUAUGCUUCAUCUUGUCUGAGCAAUAUUUUCAGUGUAUUCUGUUAUGGAGAGGUGAGGCUUCACACAAGCUUCUUCAACAAGACAGGAGUCCUGCAGGUUGCGAACAAUGAAAGUAAAGAUUCCUACGGAACAUUCUGUGCCGACAACUUCACAGAUACAGCAGCUGCGGUCGCUUGUCGGGAACUGGGUCUCGCCAACAGCGGCAUUGCUCUUCCUGCUACGACAUACGGAAGCGUGUAUUCAAGCGUAGGGAGGGGAAAUGUGACCUGCGAUGGAUCCGAAUCCUCCAUCCUUAACUGCAGCAAGCCGUCUUCCCUCUAUUCUUGUUCCUAUUGGAACCAUGCAUCAAUCCUGUGUGAUGACAAGCCAGAAGCAGAUGCUCCCAUCACAGAAACCAAGGUUGCGGAAGAUGGCCGAGUCCUUGUGAAGAAGCAUGGCUACUGGGGAACAGUGUGUGGCAGCGGAUGGAACAAAACAGAUGCCAGCGUUGUAUGCCGGGCUCUUGGUUAUGAUGCAGGCUUUAACAAGACAAUGUACAGGAGCAGUGUCGUUCCUCAGUGGCUCGGCCAAGUCAAUUGUACUGGGUUGGAGAAGUCCCUGAUGGACUGUAAGGCUGUUGAGCAGGACUGCAGGACUAAUAGCAUGGUUGCUGGUGUCAAGUGUUAUAACAGCAGUGAUUUGGCUAAGUAUACGUUCCGCCCCCGAGCUGGCUCCUCUAACAUUGGUCAUGUGAUGGUGGACUACAAGGGGUUGUCAUACCCCCUGUGUGACUGGCAGUACCUGUCAUAUGAGGAUGCGGGAGUCUUGUGUCGAUAUUUCGGGUUCCCCACUGGAAAGAAACUGGAAGGCCAGCGAAACCAGUCCAGUUUUGACUAUGCCUGGGCUGCAGACUUUGCCUGCAGUAAUACAGAUACAGACCCCAACGCAUGCGCACGGAACUUGACUGUAGAAACUACAGGCUUGUACAGACGGUGUUACAACAACCUCGUCGAAUUGUCUUGUGCCAAGGGAGUAUCCCUUGAUCCGGACUCCAGCAGUAGUGGACCACUGGUUGUAUUUUUUGGGAAGAGCAGCUACAAGGUGUGUGCCGACAACUUCACCAACACAGCUGCUGAUGUUGCAUGCCGCGAAAUGGGCUUCAAGGGUGGUUACAUGAUAUCGUCCGUGGUGUACAAUCAUCCAAGCUACUCCUUCGGUAUGACGGGGGUGGACUGUAAAGGCAGCGAGAGAUCUAUCAAGGAGUGCUCAAGUCUUAAGAAACCCGAAUACAUCUACUGCAGCAGUGACAAGAACUUUGUGGCUUUAAAGUGUACCCAUGGCAAUGGACCAGAUGGAAGCGGCAACACAACAGGACAAGAGGACAUGCCUGUGAAGCUGAGGGGCAUCAACAACGUCGUGGUCAUCCAGAGAGACAACGUCUGGUUCAGCAUCUGUGGUGACAACUGGAGCGACAACGAGGCUUCGGUCGUGUGUAGAAACAUGGGCUACAAGGAGGGUUUGGCCAGCCAGUCCUAUGCCAAUGCCGACAUGCCCAUAUGGAACUACAGAUUCAACUGCACGGGAUCAGAGUCGAGUCUUGGCAGCUGCGUAUACUGGACCAAUCCUCAUGAACAAAAGAUCUGUUCCCAAACCGCUGUAGCGACCUGUCUCAAUAAACGAAUUGGAUUUUCAAUCCAAGGAGGCAUCAAUGGAAAAUCUGGCUGGGUGUUGGCCGUUGAUGGGGAUAGAUCCGGCAUCAUCUGUGACUACGAUGGAUGGAGCAAUGACGAUGCAGGACAAGUGUGUCGGUCUCAAGGAUAUGAAUGGGGAGAGAAACUACCAGCACCACCAAUGAAGAAACCUACAGACAGCAUUCUGAUGGCCACCUUCCGUUGCAGUGGCUCUGAGACUGAUAUCAAUGCCUGCAUCAGAAAGCAACCAAAUGAGACGUAUUUCUUCUUCACAUCUGAAAAUAACACUGCCUGCAAUUCUUGGACUGCCGCAACAGCCAGCUGUUAUGGAAAAGUUCGGCUGCAACCAUUCUACAACUCCUCACUUGGUGUCGUGCUCAUCGGGAACAACAAGCAGAGCUACAGCAUAUGUGCUGAAGGCUUUGAUGAUAAAGCUGCCAAUGUCGUGUGUAGGGAAGUUGGGUUCCCAAACGGUGGUCGUGCUCUUGGCUACAACCCCUUUGUCCACCGUGUCCACACCAUGGGCUUUGGCAAUGUCACCUGUACAGGAAGCGAGAAGGCUCUGGGAUCUUGUGUCAUGUUGGACAAGUACAUGUACAAUUGUCCAUCGGGUGUACCUGCUGUUGUGAAGUGCAACACUGGCGAAGAUGAAAUAACAGACUGGAAAAUACGCACUGACCAAGGCAAGGUACUCGUGUCGAGGUUUGGUGUGUUCGGUGAGGUCUGCUCUGCUGGUUUUGAUGAUGUUGCCGCGACGAUAGUAUGCAAAUCUCUCGGCUUUGAAACUGGUGCCUCAAGAAACAUGUUCAGCAGUGCUGAAGAUGUACCGAUGUGGAUCUUUGAUAUGUCUUGCUCCGAAGCCAACACAGAAUUGAAGUCCUGCAAACAUAACACUGGGCCACAUCCAAAGGAUUACUGUAACAACGCUGCUGGGGUCUUCUGUCAAAACAAGGAGGACAUGACAAUCUACUCCAUUGAAGGCGGAACCACAAAGAAUUAUGGGUACCUUGUCGCAGAAUACAAAGGUACGAAGGCCACUGUGUGUUCCCCUGUGUGGUCAUCUUCCAGCGCCAACACUGUGUGUAAACAGCUGGGGUACGCUGGUGGACAGGCCUACUUUGGCCCAAUGGACAAACCAGCCCUCCAGGAUGUCAUGGCUGCCAACAUUGACUGUAACAGCCAUGCAACGCUUCUGGACAUGUGUCGGACCGGUGACUGGGAGAGGUUCAAGGUCGGUAACGAGGCAUCAGCAAACUACACAUGCACACAAGGGCCUGUCAAAGUCUUCUGUUACGCUGAAUUACGUUUGCAUACAGGCUUAUUCAACAAGACUGGUAUUGUACAACUUCAAGUUAAUAAUGAUUGGUUGGCUGUUUGUUCUGAUGGGUUUGAUGACAAGGCUGCCACAGUUGUGUGUAGGCAGCUGGGACUGUCGGCCACUGGAGUGGCCGAACCCGUGGCUUUCCCGGGCUACUAUUCCAGCAGGUACUCCCGGGGAAAUGCCUCCUGCACAGGGACAGAGACAUCCUUCCUCAGCUGCAGUCAAGAAAUAGACCAAUAUGCCUGCCCCUCCAGACGACCAGCAACUGUGGUGUGCAGGGACUCCAGUGCUGCAUUGAUGAAGGUCAUUGGUCAUGGUAACAGAGGUCGUGUAAUAGUGAACAAGUAUGGCAUCAAUGGGACGGUGUGUUCCUCCGGCUGGGACGACCUGGAUGCCAGAGUGUACUGCAUGGAGCAGGGGUUCCAGGAUGGAUUCAGCAGCAGCCAGUACGCCUACAGGGAUGUGCCGCAGUGGAUCAGCGAUGUCGGCUGUGUUGGCGCCGAGAAGACCCUGCUGGACUGUCCGUUCUCCACAACAGUUGACACAGACACCUGCAGUAGGGAUGCCAGUGUUUUCUGCUUCAAGAAAGAAGACCUUGCCACAUUCAUCUUGACUAAGCAGCCAGCAGGUGAAGACCGUGUGGGUCAGGUGGUGGUGUCUAAGAAUGGAACGACCCAACCUAUGUGUCUCAGCCAUUAUUUCAGUAAUGAUGACGCCUCCGCUGUGUGCAAGAGUCUCGGUCAAGAGUUCGUGGGUGGCCAGCCCUACUAUGGGAACCUGACAAUCACUGGCAGUAGCGACUACUACUGGUCAGUCUCCAUGGCUUGUAGUGGCACGGAGAAACAAGCCGACAUCUGUAUCACUCACUGGAGUCUCAUGUCAGACUCAAACAGGAAUUCCACUUCUUGUCGACCGGUGCAUGUUGAAUGUUUCCGCGAGGUGCGUCUGUACCCCAAUAGCCUGGCUUCUGUGGGCAGCCUGGUGAUCAAUAACGACAAUGCCUGGACCGCUGUCUGCAUGGAUGGGUUCACGGACACCUCGGCUAUGGUUGCAUGUAUUGAGAUGGGGUAUGCUGGAGGGAGAGUAAUGACAUCAAGCUACCCUGCUUCAGGAUUCUCCAACAAAUUUAGAAAUGUCAUGUGCACAGGUGCAGAGAAGUCCUUGAAAGACUGCCCAGGAGAGAUGACCAAGUCCUACGCCACAUGCAAAAAUGACAGAGAAGCAACAGUGUCUUGUUACAAGAAAGGCAAUCAACCAGAGACGACCAGCGUGGCCCCAGCAAACGACUGCUCCAACUUCCAGUAUGUUAGGAACAUAGCGUCUGCAUGUGGUUCUCAAAUAAGCGUAAUACAGAAUAAAACCAAGCCAUCAUGCGACUACCUCCUGGACGUAGCUGAGUGCGCGGCCACCAAUCUGUGUUACCAGACUGGCUACUACAAGUGUUCUGUUGAAGACAUCAUGAUGACCUUCAGAUAUAACUCGAACGCCACCAGAGACUGGCUUGGCCUGCAUAAUGCAAAGGAUGCCUGUGAUGGUAUGGCGAUGCCCCACAGCAUGUGUGAAGACAAGACUGCCCUCACCUGCCUUGUGGGGAUAUGUGCUGUUGGGUCUAGGGCGGACUUUGUCAAGCUAGACCUGCCCACACAGUGCAGUGUCCUGGCCAACAUGUCAUCUUGUGUUGUGACCAGACUGAGGAGCCAGGGACAGGGCUGCAGCUUGGACGAUAUACGACUGGUCAUGACCAAGGUGGUGCUGGAUACCAUGGACUUUGAUGAUAAACAGUGCUCAGGAAAAUCAACCUCUUCUCCUGCACCAACCAGUGAUGGUAACUACUGCUCUGAUGUUAGGAUGUAUAGGAACUUUGAACAGAAGUGCAGUGAUGAAGUCGCAGCAAUGCAGAAAUCACCAGACUGUGUUGGACUGUCAGAAGUUGCCAAAUGUCUGUCCGGCGCCGUGUGUGAAAACGGAACACAUUUGUGUGGCAAGGAUGAAAUGAUGCUGGCGUUCCGCUAUAACGGAAACUUCACACGUGACUGGCUUGGACUGGAUGGUGCAAAAGACAAAUGUGAUGGCAUGGUUCACAGUGGUGUCUGUGAAGAUGUGGACAUUCUCACCUGCCAACUCCAAGCCUGCAGUCCCGGAACACCUGAGGAAUUCGCCAUUCUGCCAUUAGAUCAAAAGUGCAGUGUGUGGAGUUCGAUGACCGGCUGCACCCUGUCUGCGCUGUCUGCUAAGGGGAAGAAAUGCAGUGAAGAUGGAAUCAGGAAAGUGACCAGUGAGAUUGCUGAAACUGCGUUCAAAUUGGACUUGUCAACUUGUUUAAAAUGAUAAAGACAGUCCUGCUUCAAGAAGAAUUUGCACAAAGACUAAAAACGGUUGCAAGGGAUCUUUAAAUAACUGUAUAGACUAUCAUUAUAGUUGUAUAUUCAGAAAACACAGUAGGGGCUCCUGUGUGUGCCAAUCGGUCAUUCCAAUCCUGUUAGCCCACAUGCUCUUGUAGAGUGCAGUUGCAUUCCGUCAGUAGGUUAUUGAGCCUAAUGAAUGGUGUUGCAAAUUAUUGCCAGGAACAAGAUAAUAGCAACAAUGAAUUUGUUACCAUGGUGAUAGUGAUUUGUGUUGCCAUGGUGAUGCAGUGAUUUGUGUGUUACCAUUGUGACGCAGUGAUUAUUGUGUGUUACCAUAGUGACAGUGAUUUCUGUGUUACCAUAGUGACAAAGAUUGAAAGGGGGUGGGGAUCAUGGGAUUGGACUCCGGUGUGACUGUGCAAGGUACCCAUGCGUUAGUAUGUCUGUGUCAAUUUUAGGUUUAGAGAUUUCUUGAAAAUUUUGUGUGUUUCAUGUUUUAGGUCGUAACUGAAGAAGCUCUUUGAAAAUAUGUUUGCUCAACUUUUACACAUUAUGAAAUCCAUUAAUUUCACCUUAGUAUUGUUUGUGUCAUGUUAGUGCUGUUGAAUUGAGAAUGUUGACAAUCUAGAAGUUUUACACCAAGGACUUGGUGAGGUGUAAAGACAUGUAUAACUUUUACCUUUGAAGGCUCAGCUCCACGUGUGUCACCUGUCCUAUCAAUGUGCAUGGUUUCAAUCUGAAUUAAUUCCAUUGCCGCCAGGUCUAGCUGUAACAUAAGAUGUUUAAACUACCUAUACUGUGCCUGUUGGUAUUGUUUGGCCGGAUUUUAUUGUUCUACCAUGUUGCUGGUCAACUUAUGGGUUUUACUGAGAGGCUCUUUGCAGUUUAGUAACACACACCAAUAUGUGUUAGGGAAUUGAAACUUUAUUUUUGAAAUAUCUGUGUCCAAAAGUCCUUUUAUGUAUUCAAGAUUGUAAUAUUGUUACAAAACCGUGAUAUACGUAUUGUAUGUAUAUAUUGAAACAGAUUUUAGUUUUUAUUUGGAUGACUUAUUGCCCGGGUAUCAAAAAAAGAAAUCUUUUAUUUGAAGAAGCAUCAUUGUACAAUGAAGAUCAAACUUUUAUAUAUAUUUUUAUACAAUAAACAGUGGUUUUAUACACAA